AUGGGAAAAGAGAGACCAGAUAUUAUGAUGUUUUUAAUACCCACUACUCUUGGUGAAAGUAUUAUGUUUAAUUACAAUGAAUCAGUUUCGAACGAGCUAAUUAACCCUUAUAUGAAAACACCUGGAUUUGCUGUAUUGAUUUUUUUAUUGCAUCCAAGGGGCACAGGAACCGUACGGUUACGGAAUACCGACCCAUUUGAUAGCCCGAUAUUGGAUACAAAUCAUCUGACAAACAAGCAAGAUGAAGAUGACCUGUUAGCUGGUAUCCGAAUGUUUGAGGAACUAAUUUCCACAGAAGUAAUGAAAAGCCUUGGUGCUGAUCUAAGCAUCAAUGAAGCGUCCUUUUGCUCUCAUCAUCAAUUUAGAUCUGAUGAUUUCUGGAGAUGCAUGAUACGUCACAUUGCUCAUAAUUUCUAUCAUUCAACAAGUACGUGUAAAAUGGGCAUAAAAGGUGAUCCAACUGCAGUUGUAGAUUUAGAUCUCAGAGUUCAAGGAAUCAAGAAUCUUCGCGUCUGUGAUGCCUCUGUAUUUCCUUCUGUGACGUCAGCAAACACGAACGCACCAGUUAUGGCAAUCGCAGAAAAAUUUGCGGAUAUGCUUAAGAAAGAAAGAAAGACAUUUACAUGA